ACUCCAUAAACUUGCCACUCUUUCCCACCUAAGCAUUUAAAAGGGAGGAGGGAUCACUUGACAGGAACUGCUUUAGAAACUGUGAAAGCAGCCUGUAGAGCUGAGGCUGGAUCUGAAGUGGGCUAAACCUUGAAUGCUUGAAUGAGAGGGUGUGAAAGUGUGGACCACGGCUCCAUCACACACACACAGUCGCUCACACACUCACUCACUCGCACAGGGACUUUCAGAGAGGCUGUGGUGUAACACCAUCACUGGGUGAAGGUGUUUGACCUCACACUUCUUGGUAUUAGGCGAAGCAGCUUAAACUCUGAAGCUCUGACGGGAUAUAAGCCUCCAGAGUUAGCGUGCGAUUUGAUUUGUUCGAGGUGGUGGAAGAAGAAGAAAAAGAAGCAGAAGAAGAUGAUGAUAAUGAUCAUGAUGAUGUGUGUGUGCAAAACCACAUGCUGAACUGGACCUUUCCAGCGCAGACCUGCUCCAGCUGCAUCUCUGAGGGACUUUCGCUUUAGACUCUUGCUUUAGCAAGUGAGAGUGUGUGUGUGUGUGUGUGAGUGAGUGUGAGUGUGAGAGCGUGUGUGUGUGUGUCUGCAGGAGCACGUUUGAGACCUCAUUUUCUUCAGAAUGGAUCAGCCGGCCAGCAGCUGCAUGAGGAGCUCUCACCCCGGCAGCUCUCUCUGGGGUUGCGUGAGAGGCCCUCAACCAGUGGGGACGUCCGGACCAGCGGGCCCCUACCAGCAGGCCCCCUUCUCCCUGCACCAGAAGCCCGACUUCCUGGCCUACACAGACUUCUCGGGCUCGUGUUUGGUGCCGGCGCCGCACGUCUACCCCAGAGAGGACAGGCUGUACCCAGACCCCCACAGCGCGGCCUACCAGCGGACAGAGUGGCAGUUCAGCACCUGCGAGCCGCGGGUCAGAGGGCAGGAGCCGUGCCAGGCGGCGGUGGGCGGAGGAGCCGACAUGGACAGUGCAGGAGCGGACAGGCUGCCCGGGACUGUGACGGCGGCUCUGGACGGGGAAUACUCCCCUCAGAGCAUGGGCACGGCCGAGACGGAGAAAAAGAGCUGCAAGAGGAAAAGAGAAAUUACAGAUAUCCAAGACUCUGGUUUUAAAGCUGAUUCCAACUGCAAGGCCAGGAAAGAGCGGACGGCCUUCACUAAGGAGCAGUUGAGGGAGCUGGAGGCUGAGUUUACACAUCAUAACUACUUAACCCGCCUGCGUCGCUACGAGAUUGCUGUCAACCUCGACCUCACUGAGAGACAGGUAAAGGUGUGGUUCCAGAACAGACGCAUGAAAUGGAAGAGGGUGAAAGGAGGUCAGCCUGCUUCCCCUCAUGACCUGGAAGCAGAUGAGCUGGAUUCUGCAGCUUCUCCCAGUUCAGAGUAGAUGACCCUGACCUCCACCUCCAUGUACAGAGACAUUCACACACACAUACCAAAGUGCCUCCUGGGAUACCUGUUAUGGUGAAGCCACAGAUACAGUGUGCAAUUAAUAUGAUGUCAAAGUUUCCCAUAAAUCUCUUAACACAUUCCAACUGCAGUUUUAUGGACUUUUUUUUUUUUCGGGAUUCCCAGCUCGUCCAUAAAAUCAGAUUAACCCAAAAGAGCCCAUGCUGACGUGUGUGACAUCACAAACCCUUUAAAAGAUGUGGAAAAGUUGCUUACAGCUCUUUGUCCUUCAGUUAGUGUGAUAAUGUGACCUCAUUUACAUUUACAGAAUGUAGGUGUUCUGGGUUAGUGCUUAAGAUAAAACUAACUUCUUUUACAAGUUUUUUUUUUUACUUUAUCCAUUCAAACACUCUAAUAACAGGUUAUAUAUUACAGUUUAUCAGCAGUUCUAACCCCAUUUUUAGAAUGCAAUGAUAAAAUAUAAGUUAAAAAUAAAAAUAAAUAUGUGAAUGUAUCACAGUAUGAAAAAAAAACAGUAAAUACCUGAUUCAGUUAUUUUGAACAAAUAUUCAGGACUGAGUCUGGGCUCUUAUGGGUUAAAUAUUGACAAAAAGUGACAUCAGAUAAUGCAGAUGUAGAUAAGAAUGUAGAUAAUUAACUCUUUAAAUCCGAGAUUAACUGCUUUGACCGAUGGUAAUGACGUCACAACGUUGCUCACAUAUGCAUUUGCUGGACAGGCUUAAUACACCACAGUGGUGGUUUCAGAAGCUUGGUCAGAACCACCUGUUGUAGUUCCAACAAAAUACGAAAAAAGACCCACUCAGGAUCUCUCUGCUGGUGCUGAAGCAAUAGAGAGGCUCAAUGUCACAUGUCUGUUUUUUUGUAAGUUGUGCUGUCAAGUUGAUGUUCUUAGGAUAUACUUUUUUCUGUCAUUCAAAUGUUUUUGAUUUUUAUUUCUCUUUUUUUAUAUGACUGAAAUCGAUGAAACACAGAUGUUGCAUAUUGAAAACCACACAUAAAAAAGAAUAAAUGCUUGAAAAAAAUGGGA